GUCUGAUUUACAUUAAACUUCCCUUGUCUAUAAUCACUUUUUUACUAGUAGGCCAUAAGGUGAAGGCGUUUUUCGUUUAAUCCCGUUCCCAUAUAUGGGGCACUAACUAAUUCUUACUUCAUUAAAAUAACCUAAUGGUUUAAAACGCGAUAGUAAAAGUUCUCCAUAUAUAAUCCAGCAGUUAUUUUUUAUUUGGUGUUUUUAAUUGGGUAUAGUUCCUUUCUCGCGCAGUCGUCUUUUCUUAACGAGUGAUACGGAUUUGCGGACUAAUCGUCAUGUGUUUCCCGCUAGACCAAUCAGGCGGCUGCUUUUAGGAGCCGGAAUCCAAAAUGUCUGCGCCCGUGUUGUCAACAACGAGUAGUGAAGACGAAGACUGUCCGACAAUAAUACCUGCAAACGUGCAUAAAAAAUGUUUAAAACAAUGUUAUAUGCAUCUUACGUCCUUAAAGAAAGAAGAGGCAGAGGAUUUUACACGCACGCGGUGGGAUACUUUCAGAAACAGCGUUAAACGAUGGCUUGGCUUGAAGGGGGAGAGCCAGAGGAUUGCAGAAACAUAUAAACAUUGUAUUGAAAUUGAGUUUGAGAAUAUUCCUAAAGAUGCUGGGUUUCACCCCACUUGCUACCGGCGUUUUAUAGACAAAAAACGUUUAAAUGCGGCAGAGAAACAAGUCACACAGUGUCCUGAAGCUCAGGAUACGGACGGAGGCGAGUCAUCCUCUGUUGCUUCAUCAUGUUAUACCCCAACAAAGAAACUGAGGUCCAGGACGGGUUUGCCAGUCCCUUGUACUGGUCCCGUGCUUCCUGCGUUAUGCAUAAUAUGCAAAAAAAGGGACAAGUAUCUAACUGUUGGAGGCAAACGCCAGAAGGACGAAUCUGUCACAGGCAGAAACGUUUUCAGCAGCAGGGGUCUCAAACUCAAUUUACCCGGGGGCCGCUGGAGGUAGAGUCUGGGUGAGGCUGGGCCGCAUCAGGUUUUCCACAAGAAAAGCUCUUACAAAAACAUUCCAAUGUUAUCAAAUGUCUUUAUUUUUUAACACAAAAUAAGAUGAAAAAAUAAAUUAAUUAACAAUUCAUAAGAAAAAAAUAAAAAUCAGUAAAAAAUAAAUUAAAUGAAAAUAAUAAUUAUAAUAAUAAUAAGAAGAAGAAAUGGAUGCCCCUGUGCUCAACAAAGAAAAAUUGCACUUCCCACUUUUCCUGAAAUUGUCUGUGCUCAUCACAAAUCUUUCUCUUCACUGCAGGCUUUGAAAAAGACAUGUUUGGGGCUGUAUAAUAUAUAUAAUUCCACUUGGUGUCGCUGUCGCGUUGAAGUUGAGCCGAUGAGUCUUUUCUGCUUCUUUUUCUGUCCUGUGGAACAGCAACUUCCGGGUUCAGACAGCGCGUGAAGCGGGAGCAGCCGCGGGAAUUGCGCAUGCGCCGCGUGCAUAUAAUGACAAAGUCAAACUCGCGGGCCGUGCUAACAUUAAACUUUCAUAUUAAGGCGGGGCCACAAACCAUCGUCCCGCGGGCCGCGAGUUUGAGACCCCUGAUUUAAAGGCCAGUUGCUAAAAGCUGCCAGGAUGAAGGAAGACACUAGCAUUCUUGUACAUAUUCAAGAUAAAGACUGUGUGUCCCUGGAGGUGCGAUACCACAAGUCCUGCUACAGACAGUACACCAGAUUCUUGUCAAAGACCACCCCUACAAUUACUGGUACACCAGAAGAACAAAAUGAGCCAACCUAUGAUGCCUGCUACAAUAUUUUCUGUGAAAAAGUCAUCCGCCAGAGAAUAAUUGUAAACCAAGAGAUACUAACUAUGACCCACCUAAGAAGGAUCUUCAUAAAUCUGGUGAAGGACCAUGAAAAACUUGAUGCUUCAAACUACAGGCAGGACAAAUUGAAGCGGAGGUUGGCACGUGACUUCCCCCAGCUGGUGUUUUACUCUCCCAGCAAGCGCAACAUGUGUCAGAUGGUUUUUGUUGAAAUGUUAUCUGCAGAUACAUUGAUAGACAGGCUACCUCACCCAUUAGCCACAGGAACAACUACUGAGUCAACUGAGGUAAGCCAAACUGAAAGUGACUGUGAAAAAAACCCAAAUACAACAGUUGGUCAGGAACGGUCAAGUACAGGUGUCUCAGUCAAUACUUUAGAGGACACAAGGACACUUUAUAGUGCAGCUCUGAUUUUAAAGAAGCUUUUGCGAGACUCUUCUGGGAUGACAUGCCCAUGGCCACCCACAUCAGAUGACUUAAAUGUAACUGAAGCAAAAUCUGUUGUCCCACUCGAAUUGUACAAUCUGAUUUCUUGGAUUGUGGGUGCAGCUGAGGAACCAACGCUGGCCUGCUACGUUGAUAUUCCAGAUGAUAUGAACCUAAAAAUGAUAUCCAUUUGUCAAGACAUUCUGUACCUUGCAUCUAAGGGCCGGAGACAGACACCUAAAUCAUUGUGUCUUGGUCUUACUGUUCGCCAUUUAACAGGCUCAUCACACAUUGUAUCUCUUCUUAAUAGACUAGGACAUUGUGCAUCAUGGGACACAGUAGUCAGUCUAGACACUAGCCUUGCCCAACUUCAAUUAGUAGAAGGCAGAGACAAAAUACCCAAAGGAUUCUCAAAGAAAACUCCUACAGUACUUGUGUGGGACAACAUUGACUUUGGGGAAGAGACACUGUCGGGUCAUGGAACUACUCACCACACAAAUGGAAUUAUGCUGCAAAGUUCUGUAGUUGAACCUGUGCCAGCAACGAACAGACAACCGCUACAAAAGGGAGUUUCUACAUUGAAACCACCACCUAGCAUCCCUGUCGAACACUACCAUCAGUUCAAAAGACAAGGACCUCAGAAUUUGUUUCAUCAUGAAAUGAUUCCAUUAGAAGCUGAGGCCUACAGACUAAACACUGUGUCUGCUGCAAAGACUGAACUGGCAUAUGUUUUUCUAAAGUGCGUAGAUGCUGGAAAAUGCACAAUCCCAAGCUGGACAGGUUUCCAUACAUUGCUUCAAGGUGAUGGUACUCUGCAAAAGUCGGCAUUGUAUUAUCUGCCAGUCAUUGAGGCUUCACCAACAGAGAUGUCAACUGUAAACACCAUUCUGAAGCGAAGUGUCCAAAUUGCUGAUCAGCUAGAACUGGACCAUAUUGUAUUAGUUUUUGACCAAGCAAUAUAUGCCAAAGCUCAGCAAAUUCGCUGGAAAGAUGACAGCCUUACACGUCGUUUAGUGAUAAGACUAGGUGAAUUUCACACAUGCAUGUCCUACCUUGGUAUUCUUGGAAAACGGUUUGGAGAUGCAGGGCUGGUAGACAUACUUAUAGAGUCUGAAAUUGUUGCCACAGGUUCCAUCAAUGGGGUGAUCAGUGGUCAUCACUACAAUCGCAGCAUGAGGGCGCACAAACUUUUGUAUGAGAGUCUUCAACGCAUCCGAUUUAAUGCAUUCUUGGACUCUUUACCUCCAAAGGAGAAAAAUGAGUGUAUGGAUGUCAUCAAUCAGAUCAAAUGUGCAUUCCCAAACAGAACAAUUGAUGUGUUGUGUGAAAAUGUGAAACUUGAUCAAAUGUGUUCAAAGUAUGAAGACUUUGUGACAAGACAAAAUGCAGAAAGCCCAACUUUUGCCUUCUGGAGUUCAUACAUUGACAUGGUGCAGAUACUCCUUCUGUUUGUCAGUGCAACACGAGAAUCAGACUGGCAGCUUCACUUGUCAACACUGCGUUUGAUGAUGGCGUGGUUUUUUGCCUAUGAUCGUGUAAAUUAUGCUAGGUAUUUACCUUCAUACUGGCUGGAAAUGGUCAGUUUGCCCCUAACACAUCCUUCUUGCCACAGUGACCUCUGUGUGAAAGGCCAGUGGACUGUCCAGCGUCAAAAUGUCCAUGGAUUUGCUUCAAUUGCUUGUGACCAGGCUAUCGAGCAAACAUGCAAUAGAGACUCCAAGACAAAAGGUGGUUGGAUAGGCAUGACACAGAAUCGAGCUGCAGUCUAUCGCUGGAUAUUGUCACAACAUGAAAGGGCUGCCAUAGCAAGACAAUGUGAGUCAAUGGCAGGUAAAUCUCCUGAAAUACGGAAACGAAAAGAUCUUGACACCACACGAAUUCAUGCUGAUGAAAAGGCUGUGACCAGAAUCAUAUCCACGCUAGAUUCCAUGCUGAACCCUUUUGACACACACCGGGAUGGCAUUGUGUGUCUUAGCUCUGGGGCAGUUGCAACUGAAGAAGUCCAGAAGGAUUUGCUUGCAGCUCCAGAAAUAGGAGAGACUGCUUUCAAUGAGUUUAUAAGCCAAAGGCUGUUAACACCAUCAGUUGACAUAUUUGCUCCCAUCAAAGCACAAAAACUGAAGACAUUCAGUGACCAAGCAAAGACAAAGAAAAGACCUGCUGCAAGCAAAGACGUGAUUCUCUGUGCUGAUAAAAAGCUAUUCUCCAGACUACUCAUCAUUGGUCAGAGUAGAAAGACUGAUCUGAGAGAAAUUCUUUCAUACUCCUUAGGAAUUGUUUCAUAUCCUUUAGCCAGUUCUGAUGGUUCACUUGCUAAAACAAACAAAUCUGCUCUUCUGGAUUUAUUGGAGACGAAAGGUGGUGACUGCUUAGUUGAAAAAGUUCCAGCAAAUGGAGCUAUUCUCUUUGAUGGCAUGGCAGUCAUUCAAGCCAUUCGGUCUGUACCAAGUACAUUUGGAGAGCUUGGUGAGACUAUACUACAGUAUAUGAUUAAGCUUGCGCUGAAGCACAAGUGUACACGGAUUGACUUUGUGAUUGACCGGUAUCCAGAAAUUUGUAUAAAAAAUUUGGAACGGUCACAUAGAGCUGGAGGUGGUACACAACAGGUGCACAUUUUUGGACGGGACCAGAGGACACCAACACAAUGGAAAAAGUUUCUGUCAGACGGAACAAACAAAGAGGCACUGGCAGAAUUUCUGUUUGAAGUAUGGCAAGGUGCUGAUCUUACCAAGGUGGGCAAGGAUUUAAGCUUGUACAUAGCUCACGGAGAACUGUGUCACUGUGUGACUGCAACAAAUGGUGUACAAACUUUGAGUGCUGUUGUAGAUCUGACAUGUGAUCAUGAGGAGUGUGACACCAGGUUGUUUUUACAUGCACAACAUGCUGCACAGGAACAUCAGACUGUAGUUAUCAAGAGCCCUGAUACUGAUGUGGCAGUGAUUGCUAUAACUUUGCAGAGAGCUUUACGAUGUAGUUUAUAUUUUUUCACUGGAGUUAACAACAGAACAAGAAUCAUUGAUAUAGCUAAGGUGUCAUCAGCUCUUGACACCAGUGUGUGUUCAGCACUUAUUGGGAUCCAUACCUUCUCAGGUUGUGACUCUACAAGUGCCUUUCAAGGAAAGGGCAAAAGAAAGACAUUUUCUGUUGCCUCAGAGAAAGAGGAGUACCUGACUGCAUUUACAAAUCUGGGCAGCAGUUUUAACCUGGAUCAGUCUACUUUUGAAGUACUUUGCAAAUAUGUGUGCCAUCUCUAUGGCCAGACAUCUGCCAAGAAUGUAAACGAUGCCAGAUACAAAGCAUUCUGCAUGUCAUCCUCAGCUUUGCCAGAACUAUCCAUGCCCCCGACUAGUGACGCCCUGUACCAGCACUGCAAAAGGGCAAACUACCAAGCAGCAGUAAUGAGACACUCUCUAAAAAGUAAAAUAUGUGCCCCUUCACCCAUUGGAAAUGGAUGGCACCUUGAGAAUGGAGAGUUGGCAGUGACCUGGAUGACAAAAUUACCUGCCCCUGAAAGUGUGCUGCAGGUAGUUCACUGCAGUUGUAAACAAGGCAAAUGUGAGACAGGAAGAUGUUCCUGUAUGAGUGCUAGACUAUGUUGUACUGAUUUAUGUAAAUGUCAAAAUUGUGAAAAUGUCUCAAAAGAAACAGAGCAAAAUGCUACAUGGGCUGACAACUCUGAUGAAAGUGAUGUGGAUGAAUAAUAUUAAUGAGUAAAAGAAGAACUCUGGACUGAUGAUGCAUCGCAGCAGUCUGGAAAGAGAUACUGUUGGAUUUGAGAUUAAGAACACAUGCAUGCACUAGCCAUAUUUUUUUCAAUGUUAAAAUGAACUAAGCUUUGAAUGUAACACAUGAUUCUAUACUAUGCAUUAAAAGGUUUUAAGAUGUAUUGCUUUCAUUGAACUGUCAACUGUUAUGUAUUAUUUAAAACUAAAUUUGUGCAGUAUCCUUUUGAUACAUUUCAGCCACCUUGGCUCAACGUCUGUAUAUUUUCUUUUUUUCUGAUUUCACAGUUGCUACUGAAUUUUUUUGUUUAUAAAACAUCAGCGUAUAAAACAUUGAA